AUGGCGACCGAAAUGGUUGGCGGCCAAAGCGACGAUGUGCACCAGCCGCCUGCGUGCAUUGCUCCAGCUCCGAUGGAGGACUAUGUCUUCCCAGAACUCCGCCUCAAGGGCAAAAUGAACGACCCAGAGAAGACUCCGCUGCUUCUCGUCGCCUGUGGCUCCUUCUCCCCCAUCACAUAUCUGCAUCUGCGCAUGUUUGAAAUGGCGGCCGAUUACGUCAAGUUCAGCACCGACUUUGAACUCAUCGGUGGCUACCUUUCGCCGGUGUCGGAUGCCUAUCGCAAGGCUGGUUUGGCCAGCGCGGAGCACCGGUAA